UUCUUAAUUUUGCAGCGCUAGAAGAAAUCAACGAUGCCUCGCUAUGAUGAUAAAUAUGGCAAUACCCGCCUUUAUGUUGGACGCUUGUCUUCAAGGACUCGUUCCCGUGAUUUGGAGCGUGUCUUCAGCAGAUAUGGAAGGUUUCUGGGGUUUUGGCUAAACCUGGAGGUCUGUGUUGGGAGGUUGGCCUUGGUGGAAUUGAUGGAAAUUCCUGUCGAAUGUUGACUUUGGCGAUUCUUUCUGUAAUGUUAUUGCGUGUUUUUUAUGGAAAUGGCAACAAUCACAAACUGGUGUUUAGUUCCUCUUUGUGGGGCGAAGUAUCAUACAGUUCCAGUAGUUAAGUAAUGAUGGCCUUACUGUUUCUGGAAACCAUUUCCGCAGAGUUCGAGGUGUGGAUAUGAAGCAUGAUUUCGCCUUUGUUGAAUUUAGUGAUCCUCGAGAUGCUGAUGAUGCUAGAUAUAACUUGGAUGGCCGUGACGUUGAAGGAAGUCGUAUUAUUGUGGAAUUUGCCAAAGGAGGUCCUCGUGGAUCCCGGGAAUACUUGGGUCGGGGUCCUCCUCCUGGAUCUGGACGUUGCUUUAACUGUGGCAUUGAUGGUCAUUGGGGACGAGAUUGCAAAGCUGGGGAUUGGAAGAACAAGUGUUACCGCUGUGGGGAAAGAGGUCAUAUUGAAAAGAACUGUAAGAACAGCCCCAAAAAGUUGAGCAGACGUGGACGGAGCCUUUCCCGCUCACCAGUCAGGUCACGCUCACCAGUCAGGUCACGCUCACCAGUCAGGUCACGUUCUCCUCGUCGUGGGAGAAGCCGGGAUAGAAGCUACAGCCGAGACCGUAGCUACAGCCGAUCAAGAUCUCCUGUCAGAAGAGAACGAAGCCCGGUUUCUGAAGAUAGAUCACAGAGUCCUCUGCCCUCCAAGACAAGGAAGCAUAGUGCAUCACCUGACCAAAGCAGCCCACCGAAGAGAGGUGACACAUCUCCUGGUAAUGAUAGGUUGGUCACUCGGCAAGAUGGGUCUGACUACAGUGAUGGUCCUAGAGGAAAAAGUAGAAGUCCUGCAAGGGACCGCGAUGAGGGCGGCUAUGAUAGCCCUAAAGCUAAUGGGCGUAGUAGGAGCCCAAGCCGGAGUCCAAGGGAUGAUGACAGGAGCCCCAUUGAUGAAGAUGAUGACAACCACCGCCACUCUCAGUCACCUUAAAAAGUAUUUUUCUGAUUAACUGAGGUCAGGAUGGGCUGUGGAAUGAUUUGUAUCAGCUUUGUUUAUAAAAUGCACUGCGGUUUAAUUAUGUGACAAUCUAUUGUUUGAGAAGAACGGUUUUAUGUAUGCUAUUUUUAAGAUUCUUGCUCGUUAAGCAACAAGUAUGAAUUUGUUUCAAGUGUUUCCAUAA